AUGAAGGAUGGUGAAUCUGUAACUAGUUACUGCUCAAAGACUAUGGGAAUAGCAAACAAGAUGAGAUUCCAUGGUGAAAAAAUGGAAGAUGUGGUUAUUGUUGAAAAGAUCCUGUUUCAUGAACAAAAGAUAAACCAUAGCACAACCAUAGAUGAGCAAGAUUUAAAGGCUUCUACUUAUGCUCAAUCCUUUAACUUAAAAGGAAGGGGUAGAGGUAGAGGUAGAGGAAGAGGAGGUCAAAGCAACAGAGAUGGAAGUAGGCAAUAUUCAGAAGCUACUGAUGAUCAAUCAGUUGUUUAUGGAAGAGGCAGAGGAUGUGAAUUUGACAAAUCCAAGAUAAAGUGUUAUAGGUGCAAUAAGUUUGGUCAUUAUUGUUCUGGGUGUUAUACAAGAUUGCUAGUUGAUACAGAAAAGAGGGAGAAGUCAAAUUUUGCAGAAAAUGAAGAAACAGAAGAAACAUUAUUGGUGGCCAAUCAUGUUAAAAAGAAGCUUGAACCAAAUGUUUGGUACGUAGAUACAGGCUGUAGUAACCACAUAUGUGGAAGUAAGUCUUCUUUUUCUUCAUUAAAUGAAAAUUUCCAUACUACUGUAAGUUUUGGUGAUUGUUCUACUAUGAAUGUUAUGGGAAAAGGAGACAUUAAGAUAAAGACCAAAAAUGGUUUUGAAGAAAUUAUUUCUCAAGUAUUCUAUGGUCCUGAAAAGGGUUAUGUGCUGGUCAGUUACAAGAAAAGGGUUAUGUAA